CUAUAAAUCCAACCCACCCCACGGCGUCUACAGUUCCACACUCGCGUCCACUACGGGCAAGCUGGGGCCGGAGAGGGGACUCAACCACUCUGGAAACCAGUCCACCACCGCCCGCUUGCCCCCUCAAUCCGCUUUGCCAUUUUUGAUUAUUUGGGGAGUGCUCGAGGAUUCGGUUGGAUUCCGUCAAUAUCCCCGGGAGGGGAGCGGAGGAGGGAUCGAUCAGGAUGGUGCGGGGGAAGACGGAGUUGAAGCGGAUAGAGAACGCGACGAGCCGGCAGGUGACCUUCUCCAAGCGCCGCAACGGGCUGCUCAAGAAGGCGUUCGAGCUCUCCGUGCUCUGCGAUGCCGAGGUUGCGCUCAUCGUCUUCUCCCCGCGCGGCAAGCUCUACGAGUUCGCCAGCGCCACCAGCCUCCAGAAAACAAUUGACCGCUAUAAGACAUAUACAAUGGAUAAUGUCAAAAACAAGACUGUACAACAAGAUAUACAGCAAGUCAAAGCAGAUACCGUAAGCUUGGCAAAUAGACUUGAAGCCCUUGAAAAUUCCAAACGAAAAUUUUUGGGUGAAAACUUAGAAAAUUGCUCUGUUGAAGAGCUGUAUAGUUUGGAGGUUAAACUCGAGAAGAGUCUCCACAUCAUCAGAGGAAAGAAGACCCAACUGCUGGAGCAGCAGAUAGCUAAACUGAAGGUCAAGGAGAGGACCCUGCUCAAAGACAACAAGGAGUUAAUCGAAAAGCAUCGCAACCUUCAGCCGGCGCCGCUGGUGGUUCCUCCCCUGAGCAGCUACGUCCCGGCGCGGGCGCGGGAUGUGCCGGCGCCGAGCAGCGACGACAUGGACGUGGAGACGGAGCUGUGCAUAGGGUUACCGGGCAGUGAGCGCUCCUCCAACCGUGACUCAGGUUGAACGACCAAACCCUGCAGCGACCAGCAGCGUCAGCUGGUGCGUGUUCGGCUCAUAGGAAUAAGCUCCCUCUCUGCAUGCAGCAAGGGCCGAGGCAAUUCAGUGGUUUUACUUACAACUUAUACUAGUUGUGUUUGAAAAACGAAAAUAUGUAUUAUGUGUCUUGCAAGAAUGGAUCAAACCUGUAAGCCUUCUCCGAGACCUGACAUCCAGACGCCCAGUCUGUGGUCUCCUUCAUCUGCGAUCGACCUGUGUAGAUAGUUGCUAUGUCAGUGUAGCCGCCAGGUCAUUCAUCUAUAUGACCCGCCGGGCGUGAUGGGUGCCGAA